GUGAAAUCCAGCUGGCUGAAGAGCUCUGAGUCUCAUCAGUGGAAACAUGUCAGACUCGCUGGUGUGUGUCAGUGAUUAUGAGCAUCAAGCUCAAAGACUUUUACCAAAGUCAGUGUUUGAUUAUUAUUUCUCAGGAGCAGACGAGCAGCAAACGCUGCGUGAUAAUGUAGCAGCGUUUGGCAGGUGGUGCAUUUACCCUCGUGUGCUCAGAGACGUGUCCACAGUGGACAUGUCCACCACAGUUCUGGGCCAGAGAGUCAGUAUGCCCAUCUGUGUGGCAGCUACUGCUAUGCAGCGAAUGGCGCACCCCGACGGCGAGACGGCCACUGCGAGAGCCUGCCUGUCCUGUCACACGGGGAUGAUGCUGAGCUCAUGGGCCACCUCCACCAUAGAGGAAGUAGCGGAGGCCGCACCGGGGGCCGUGCGCUGGAUGCAGCUGUACAUUUAUAAAGACAGAGCGCUGACUCAGUCUCUGGUCAGGAGGGCUGAGAAGGCCGGGUAUAAGGGUAUCUUUGUCACAGUGGACACACCUUAUCUUGGCAGGCGACGUGAUGACGUGCGCAACCGAUUUAAGCUGCCCUCUCAUUUGAGGAUGGCCAAUUUCGAGACCCCUGAUUUAGCGUUCUCCUCAAAAGAAGGUUACGGGGAGGACAGCGGCCUGUCGGUGUACGUAACUCAGGCCAUAGAUGCCACGGUGAAGUGGGACGACAUCGCCUGGCUGAAGAGAAUGACCUCGCUGCCUGUGGUGGUCAAAGGGGUUUUGACAGCUGAAGAUGCCAAAGAAGCUCUGAAGUAUGGGGUGGAUGGAAUACUUGUGUCAAACCACGGAGCAAGACAGCUUGAUGGAGUUCCCGCCACCAUUGAUGCUCUGCCUGAGAUCGUAGAGGCUGUAGAAGGAAAGGUGGAAGUCUUCAUGGACGGAGGGGUCCGUAAGGGCACAGAUGUGCUGAAGGCUCUGGCUCUGGGAGCAAAGGCUGUGUUUGUAGGGAGACCCGUCCUGUGGGCACUCGCCUGCGAGGGUGACAAAGGAGUCAGUAAUGUUCUCCAGUUACUGUGCGAGGAACUUCACCUUGCAUUGGCACUUACAGGAUGUCGCUCACUGAAGGAAGUCAAUAGAUCCCUUUUGAGAAGAUCUGAACUCAUUUCAAGGUUUUAAUGAGCAGAAAGGUUGCAUGCUGGGGGAUUUCAUGUAUGUCAGUGACUGGACCAACUUGUGUAAUGAAUUUCAAAUGAACCCGGAGGAUUUGGGCACGACAGAUUUAGCAUCAUGAAUAAAACAUUUGUGUAAGUCAUUCGUGUAAAAGUUUGAAUAAAUGCAUCAAAAGCGUGUGGUUUGUACAGACGUACUGAGCCUGACAGCAGUAAUCCUUCCUGUUUACUGGAAGCAGGCAAUGUUUAGUAACCCAAACCAGUUUUGUGACUCUUCCAGUUUUCUUCACUGUCCGGACACUGGGAACAAAACGAAGAGGAUAUUAAAAGGCAUAUUUCAACUACAUAUGAAC